UCAAGCUGGCCGACAUCGACAUACGCAUACGGACAAAAAUAAAAGCCAAAACACAUAUUAUUCAAAGUUGAAUGUUAUAUAUUUUUUUAUAUAAAAUUUAAAAAAACAAAACACAUUAGCGAGUCUAUGACACACGCUUGCAAAUACCAACGUGGUGCAUUCGUAUAACUUGACCUCCAGCUGCAAUUUCAAGUGGACAACAACAAUGGCUGGCUCGGCGCUGCGUCGCCUGAUGGCGGAAUACAAACAGCUGACGAUGGAUCCACCCGAGGGGAUUGCAGCUGGACCGAUCAGUGAGGACAAUUUCUUUGAAUGGGAGGCGCUAAUUGCUGGACCCGAAGGCACUUGCUUUGAGGGCGGCGUUUUUCCAGCUCGACUGGUUUUUCCACCCGAUUAUCCACUAAGUCCACCAAAAAUGAAAUUCACUUGUGAUAUGUUUCAUCCAAACAUUUUUGCCGAUGGCCGUGUUUGCAUAUCGAUAUUACAUGCACCCGGCGAUGAUCCCAUGGGAUACGAACUAUCGGCCGAACGUUGGAGUCCCGUGCAGAGCGUUGAGAAGAUCCUGUUGAGUGUGGUCAGCAUGUUAGCCGAACCCAAUGAUGAGAGUGGUGCCAAUGUGGAUGCAGCGAUUAUGUGGCGGGAGCGGAGAGAGGAAUUUAAUAGGAUCGCACAGAGAUUGGUCCGUAAAACUCUCGGAUUGCCAACACAAAAACUCGACUGAAGUGCCCUCCCCCUCACCCCCCCGAACCACAGCAAUACCUUCGUUUAUACAGAUAGCAACAACAACAACAACAAUAGCAAAACCACAAAAGCUAACAAUAUAAUAUUAACAAUUCAAGAAAACGAAUCAAAAUCAAAGGAAACGCAUAAAAACCCAAAUCGCCGCCUCUGUUUGUAUGUGUGUGUGUGUGGCGUGUGUGUGUGGGCAAGUAUGUGAGUGUGUGUGUGAACGUGUGUUUGUGUGUGGAUUGUGUGUGCAUUCAAAAUUGUAACAGAAAUUCGAAAUGAUCAAAAUAAUUCCAAAUAAUUGUAAAAUUAAUAGAUUUGGAAUCCCCGUAAAUUUGUAAAAUGUUGUAACACAUUUUUCGUUGGGUUACAAACAGAAUAAUUAAAAUUGCAAUUAGUUAUUAUGUUUCAAUUUGAUUUAAGCCCAAAACAAAAGAAUAAUGAAUGACACAUUGAGUUGCUGCUUGUGCCUAGCAAUAAACUAUAAGUUCAACAGCCAAGCGAGUUAUCAGUGCAA